GCUGAUGGAGUGUAUAAUGGGUAUCCAAUGAACUUCAUAGUUCAUCCUGUUACUUGCAUGUAGAAAGCGGAGAGAAGCAGUGUCCGGUGUAGGGCUGCGCGCAACUGGAUUCUGCUCGCCCGUCUUCAUUCAUCGGACUGAUGCCAAGGCACCAUUAGCUAGAUGCGCCGGCAUGUCUCUUUAGCUCUGAUCCCGUCUUUAUAUGGCGGCUCGCUGUAUCAACAGCAUUUGCCUCCGAAGCUGACGCGCUUAACGCAAUAGUCCGGAUAUCCAGACACGCCAGCGAAGCUGUCUGAACGACUUCUUGCUGCGCAACCCUGUGCCGCUGGGCUACACUCCGGGACCGGCUCUCCUCAUGUAUCGCAUAUGCCGAUAUCAGAGGCGACCCUGCGGUUGCUCCACGUAUGGGUUAGUGCACAGCUGGCCACCUCUUUGGGUGUUUUCACACCACUUGCAAGGCAUUGCAUCGGGCUUCACCAUGCGAAUGCCCUUGUACUUACGUUUGAUAAGGUGUGGAGGCACCCAUAUGAUAUAUGUACCACGCUAUCUGUCACCACGAGCUCAGGUUAGCUGGUAUGUCCUACCCCGCGGCGCGACAAGGUGAAAGUCUCCCAAGCAUUCGCGAACUCUUCCCCGAAUAUUUCCCUAGCAAAAAGCCUGAGGCUCCGAACCCGAACGUGCUCAGCCCACAGACCCUGUCUCAGCGGCAGGCCCCCCCUGCAACAGUUGCAGAUCAGGCGAAAAAGAAAUACGCCUGUGAGGCAUGCGGAAAGCGUUUCCAGAGACCAAGCAGCGUCAGGAGCCAUACUGUCUCACAUACUGGUGAGAGGCGUGAGUGAGAUGUUUACUUAU